UUUUGGGCUGGAAUAUUGUAAUAUCUAUGAGUAAAUGCAUACUAAAUACAGAUUGUUAUUUUCAAAUUUUUUAGUCAAAAAUCUGAUUACAUUUUUCCUCUACAGGCUCUUCACCACUGUCAGAGAUUCUCUGGGGUUGACGUAUGAUGUGUCAUUUGAAUUAAACUUGUUUGACAGGCUUAAAUUAGGAUGGUAUGUGAUCUCUGUCACAUCAACUCCAAGCAAGGUCCACAAAGCUGUUGAUGCAUGCAAGAAUGUUCUUAGAGGUUUACAUAGCAACAAAAUUACCGAGAGGGAAUUGGACAGGGCUAAACGAACCCUUCUUAUGAGACAUGAAGCUGAAAUCAAGUCAAAUGCCUACUGGUUAGGGUUAUUAGCUCAUUUACAAGCUUCUUCUGUUCCAAAGAAGGACAUAUCAUGUAUCAAGGACCUAACAUUUCUAUAUGAAGUUGCUACUAUUGAGGAUAUAUAUCUUGCAUAUGAACAGUUGAAAGUGGAUGAGAAUUCUCUAUAUUCAUGCAUUGGAAUUGCUGGAGCUCAGGAUGCGCAAGAUGUAGCAGGUGUAGUAAUGUUCUUAAU